GGAGUUCAGUCUCUUGCCUGCUUGCUCUAGUGCAUGCAGGAAAAUGACUUUCCUUGGAUAGUACCUUGUCAUCACCUUUACAAGCUGUGUAACUAAGAAGAUCUUUUCUAGCACUUGUUCCAGAUCUUACGGGCUGUGACCUGUGUAUCAGAAGGCUUCUGCCCUUUCUACAGAAGGACUGGACUAGCUUCUAGGAUGAUUCUUGGCUGAGUGACAUGAACUUUAUGGAAGUACUAUUCAAUACUUGGAAUUUUAGGGGAAGAGUAUUUAAGAUCCUGAUGUUCAACUGUAGGCAGUGUCUGGAAGUACUGUAUAUUUUUUUUAUAUUGUAGCUGUCCACUUGUGGUUCUGCUUGUUAUAACUCGAUUUGUAAGUAAACAUUUUCAUUUUUUUUAUACUGCAGAAAUAGCAAGAUUUGAGGAGUUUUCAGUGAAUAAACAGAAAUUGAUGCAUUCCUAAAUGUCUGGUUUUUAGUCUGAAAAAGUGCUCUACAGCUGAGACCGCAGUUCUCCAUGGUUGUUGAUCUAAAUGAAAUUUGUUCAGGAGGUUUUAAGCCCAGCAAAAUCAGGAGGGGACAAGACCAGAAGCCGUGUUCCACUCUUAAGACAGGAAAUUGAUGACUUGUGCAUUUCUGUUAGGCAUUUUGAAGACUCCCUCGUAGAGGAUAUGUGCCUGUCAGCUGUAUGUAACCUGCUUCUGCCACCUGCUUUUCCUGAGGACCAUUUAUGAGGAGGCUGUGGCAGAGUGAAUCGUUUUGGUGGCAGCAGCGAUCUUGUUCCCAGAGGCUGUCAAGAAAGUGUGCCAAGGGCAGGUUUAUCGUCUGUUCAUUUUGGCAACAGCGCCAUGCUCCCAUUCGGUUCCUGGGUCAGCUCUGAAAUGGACGGGAACUUGAAGUAUACAAAUUCCACUUCAGUGUAUCCCACUUUUCCAGGCGGCUAUGAAGCUAGGGACCAGUUGUAUUGUGUGGCAUAUUGCCUGUGUAAAAUGGAGUGCUUCUGGAUUUUAAUCUAGGGGUUCAUUCUUUGAGUGCUUCACAGAGCUGUCUGUAGAGCCAUGCUCCUUCCAACACACUAUUUUUCUAACACUACAAAGCUUGUUCUUCGUGCAAUUGUGCAAUUCAAGAGAGGCUCCUUAUUUAGAGUGUUCAGAGCAGAAUUUGCUCACCAUCAGCCUGAGUGGUCUUGAACUGUCCCUUAGUGGGGAGGCUGCUGGUUUGAUAGCAAUUACAUGCGGACCCAUCCCGGUGCUGUCUUGUUUUCUGAGCGUAGCAUCAGAAACAGACCUGUUGAAGCUCUCUUGAGUGGAUUUAAGGAUCUAAAUGCAGAGGGUACAGAGACAUCUGCCUGAAGUGAUGUGCCAAAUGCGUAAACUCUGGAGAGGGGUGUGUUUCCAGCAUUUCCUGCUCAGUUAAUAGGUUGCUCAGUCUUCAUUGCAAGACAGAAGUUCUUUUCUGCAGUGUAGACUUCUGGGUUAUAUUUGGGAGUCAAGUACCUGAAAAUAAGAAUGUGAAAAUGAUAGCUGAAUUUUAAAUGUGUAUAUGCUUUUCUAUUGGAUUAAUUCCUAAAUGUGACGCACUAUAAAGCCAUUUGUAUCAGCAGUUUUGCAGAAGCCUCUUCCAGAAAUGCAGGAGGGAACCUCCAGGGGAAAAAAAGGCACUCUUGAUCCAGAUAGCGCCAUUCUGCUUGCUGAACUCCACUGAGAAAUGGGACUGGGUCUUGCUGGGAUGGGCCCUUUGGGAUAAGGGACACUGGUUCAAGGUCACUGUGCAAAUCUCUCCACUUAACAAGCUUGAUCUAAACGCUUUGGAAAAACUCAGUGUGGAAUCAGCGAGCUGUUGCUUGUGCUGUGAAUGUAUUUAUUUAGUGCAUUGAGAUUGGGGACGACCAAAUACGUGACAGCCAUCUGGGUUUGAAUGUGGGGCGCUCAUUCCUUCCCCCAUCUCUUAUUAAAGUAUAAAGUUAAAUAUAUAUCAAAUACUGCAAGCAGUCUGGAAUUUGAUAUUAAACUUGAACUGAUGAAGGAUGUUGCUUGGGGAAAUCGGUGUGUUUUCCCAGGAAGCCUCAAGCUUUCCUGUGUUUUUGAUUUGCAAAAGUGGGGUAUUUUUAUCCAAAUGGAUUCAAUGUUAUUCUACCACUUCUUGAUACUUAGUGCUUAGGAAGGUUUUGGUUGUUUCUCCUCUUUCCUCGUAGCCCAGGCUCUUUGCUUGGCUAACAGCUCCCCUAAUUUGCUGUGGUCUUACCUGGCUAAGGUAGAUGCCAAUUAAAUCUGCAUUUUUUCAGUCAUGCAGCUCUCCUGCUAUUGCUGCUCUGAAAGCAGCAGGAAAGACUGAAGAGUAAAACAGGAGGGUAGAAAACAUAUUCUAUUUUUAGGAAAAGAUUGGCUUAUCUUGUGUUUGCCCUAGCUAGGGGGAUAAUGUUUCCAGAGACCUCACAUGCUUAACGGCUGCAUAAAGGCUGGGUUAAUUUUAACUGCCUGGCAGUCAGGAAGCAUGGAACCUGCACAAGAACCAGAGGAGCUGGAACCUCAGACAGAAACGAUUGCAGACACAAUUCUUGAGGUUGGAGAGAGACUCUUUCAGGUCAGCCGUAGGGUACUUUCAGUACACAGUCGUUAUUUUGAAGCCAUGUUUUUUGGGGGGGCGAGAGAGAGCUCUGAACACCACAUAGUGAUCAGAGGGAUUGACGCAGUGCCUUUUCAGGCACUACUUGAGUUCACUCGCACAGCCCAAGUGUUUAUAGGUCAAGAAAAUGUGACCAGCUUACUGGAAACAGCUGAUUUUUUUCAGUUUGACAGGGUGAGACUGUUGUGUGAGAAAUUUCUGGAGAGAGAACUGCAUGUUUCCAACUGCGUGGGCCUGAUGACCUACUCGGAGCAAUUUGCCUUUAUAGAUUUGUAUGCGUCUGCUAUGAAUGUGGCUCUCACUCACUGGGGGGAUGUGAUGUGCCAGGAAGAAUUUAAGGCACUACCCAAAGAAAUGCUGAUGCAGCUUCUAAAAAGCGAUGACCUCUUCGUUUUGCGAGAAGAUGUGGUUUUUGACAGUAUUAUGAGGUGGAUAAUGGAGGACCCAGCAACGAGAGAGGAAGACUUUCUGGAUUUGGUGGGCGAAGUCAGGGUCACUUUUCUGAGCUUGUCCUUCCUUGAUAUCUUGGUGAAACGCAGCAAGCACCCUGGAGAGACAGAUACCUUUUCCAGACUAAUAAAGAAGUUAGACAGCUGUCCUCCACCCAGCUGGCAAAAUACAGAACUGCGUCCUUAUGCUGGUCGGAGCUAUGACACCUUAUAUGUUCUGGGAGGAAAGCAUGACAAGGAACAGCAAGAAUUAUUUCUUUUUCAACCUAAAACAGGGACCUGGCAGGCUUGUUCUCCACUGCAGCGCAGGAACCUCACCCAAUAUGCAGUGGCAGCAGUAGGGAGCUUCCUUUUUGUGACAGGAGGAUAUUUCCGGGAUGGGUUUGUGUGGUAUAGUGUGGAUUGGGUGCUUAUCUACAACUGCUUGGACAAUAGCUGGCUGGAAGGGCCUGCCAUGAAGAAGUCCCGCAAUAGCCAUUGUGCAGUAGGUGCAGGGCUCUACCUGUAUGUACUUGGAGGGAACACAGAUGAAGGGAUAAUCCCAGCAGUGGAGCGCAUGGCUUUGAUGGAGUCAGAGUGGGAAAGCAUGAGUCCUAUGGCUCAACCUGUGGAGAGAGGAGAUGCGGUCAGUGUGGGAACCAGGAUCUAUGUGGUCUGUGGCCUGGAUGAAAAUGGACACGUAUAUGAUGGAGUGCAAAGGCUGAACACAGAGACGGACAGCUGGGAUGUCAUCUCAUUCUCCCCGCUUCCAAGGUAUGACCUCCGCAUCACAUCGCUGAACGGUGCUCUGUACACCAUAGGAGGGGGAGCUUUUCGAUUUGAUGUGGAGACCGAUGAAUGGACCCAGGUGGAUGAGGAAUGCUUGUCCCAGAAGUUCUUCAUGGGAUGCAGCACUGCAAAUGGACGAAUUUAUCUCCUUGGACAGAGGAAGGGGAACAGUGCUCUCCCCGUUGUAAUCAUCUUUGAUCCCUACAUUGACACGUGCCAGGUCAUAGAUAACAAACUCCCUUGCCCCCUUCCUAUUCAUGGGUGUGUUUCUGUGAGAAGAUUUGAUACGUGGGCAUGAGCGAUGCCAGAUCCAGCAUAGCCAAAAGGAAAAAGUCGUGUGUUGUGCAGCUGAUGGGAGUUAGGUUGCGUUGUUUGGUCUGUGAUUUUUUUUUAAUUUUGAAAAUAGAUCUGUUCCUUCAAAACUUUGUCUUUUGUUUCUACCUGGCAAAUGAACUUGAUGCAAAAGCCAGUGAAACCUUGGUGUCUACACAAAGGUUGCAGGUCAUUAUUGAAAAUAAUGGUCAGCGUUGUUAUCGUACAUAAACUCCUUCAGGUCGAUGCUAAAUAAAGGGCUGCUCUGA